CUCAAAUUGAAAACUGCAAGUUUUAUUAAUGUCUCGGUCUUUGAUCGAAUCUCUACAAUCAAUUGUUCCUGGUUCAAUAGUGUCAGUCAUUCCAGAAUCACAACGUCAUGGACCUGAGACUAUGUUCCUUAGUGCAUAUACCACUUAUCAACACUUCAACUCUAAUAACUCCUUCUCUUUUGUUUAAUAAUUUUCAUAUCUCAAUUUAAUCCCAUUUGUACACCAAAUUUACUUGCUUGUGUAAUUUGUAUGCAUUCUGUGUCAGUAACUCGUCGACAAAUCUUCCGAAGUUCAGUCUUUCCUAAUCUUAAGACAUAUUCUACCACUAGAGUCAAAAUGGCAAAUGAAGGACGAUCAGAUAGCUUUGGAAAGGCUCACAAAUCACUCAAUGUAUUCAACAAGCCUCUCGGUCAAUUUGCGAAAGGAACUGGAUUUUAUAGAAAUGGGCAGUGUGAUGUUGGUCCAGAGGAUACCGGAAAUCAUUCAGUUGCUGCGACUUUGACAGACAGCUUCCUUGAUUUCUCUGCGUCCCGUGGCAACAAUCUUCGCGAUAUCGGCUUGACCGGAGGGAAAAAAUGGUGUCUAUGUGCUAGUCGCUGGAAAGAAGCAAUGGAAGCAGCAAAAAAUUCUAAGGACGAGAAUUUAGUACCUAAAGUGCAUUUGCAUGCUACCCACGAGAGAGCUUUAGAUGCAAUCUCACUAGGGGAUCUGAAGAAAUAUGCAGCGGAGCCAGAAGCAGCUAAUGCUAGCACAGUACCCCAGAGUCGAAAGGGAAAUAAUUUGCCAGGGGGUGUUCCAACGAAGGAGAGGACAGAGUUGGCGGGGACCGAUGAAAUGACUGGGAGUCGGCAGAGAGGCAACUAUUAAGCUCAAGAUACAUAUGAAGAUGAUAUGAGAUUGGUUGGAAGGAAAAAUGUGGCAGCUGGAUGAUCAUUGCUUAUGCGGGACUGGUUCGAAUUCACGAGAUGAUGCGCCAUUACCGUUGAAUUUCCCAGAGGGUGAGAUUCCACAGUCUGUUUCAUCUCGGUAAAACAUACUCUACUAUUGCUCGAGUUGAGCGAGUAUUUAAGGAGUGUGAUGAUUUUUACGGUGGUAUGCAAGCAACUGGUAUAUUUAUAUGAAUUCGUAUUGUGCCAUAAAAGUUGUAAAUUAAAUAACACUAAAUCUCAGUAGAUAUCCGAUGUACAUGC